GAAAAGAUAGAGCGAGCGGGAAAACGGUCAGCGAAAAGUUUCAAACGCUCUGUCUCCUUCCUCAUCCGUUCGCCGCCACCAUCUCUCUCUCUCUCUCUCUCUCUCUCUCUCCCUCUCUCUCUCCCAGCCCCAUUUCAACCAUAUCUCCCUGUCUCUCUCCCGCAUUUUUCUAGGGUUCCAUUUUCAAAACCCUAAUUGCCCAAUUCCAGCUCUCUCUUUCUCAUUCUCCAUUCCAUAUCUAGGGUUUCUUUCAGAAAUGGCAUUCAACUAACAGUCCAUGGAAUCGCAUCGGCAGCCGUCCCACCAAAGAUGACAGACAAAGAAGAGCACGGCAGCGCCAGCGGCGCUAGCUUCCACAUCCUGCAGCCCAAUCGCGACCCUGAAUCGAACUGGGCCGUUGAUCUCGCCAAGAACCUCGAAGACUAUCUUCUCAAGAUCUGUUCCGGAGAAAUCACGGCUGAAGAUGAAGACGGCCACCCCUCCGUGAAUUUUGCUGAAGCUGCUCUGCUUAUUCAAGGUUCGAUUCAGGUGUAUAGUCGGAAAGUGGAAUAUCUAUAUUCUUUGGUUUUGCAUGCUUUGGAGUUCAUUUCUCAGAAGAGGCAAGAUCAACCAGAGGAAACCACUGCCCGCCCAGAUGGAACUGAAUCUUCUGUAGUUGUUGAUGAAGAGAACGAUAGGUUUUUAGGUUUGGAUGAUGUACCAGUGGAAGCUAAGACCCGCCUGGACGAUGGGUUUGGUGAAGAUGAAGCUUUUAACCAUUUUGUGAAGCCUCCUGCAAAUUUACUUGUACUAGAAGGGGAUUGUUUAGACACUACUGGUGAAGCUGGGGAGUUAGAAUCAUAUUUGUUAGCCACCAGCGAUCUUUACCGGGAUUUUCUUCUAUUAGAUCCAUGUGAUGCGGGUGCUGUUGAUGAUUUUUUGAAGGGGAAUAAUGCUGGCCAGGAGCACAGUAUGGCCCACAGAGGCAGUUCAACAAGGUCUAAGGCUCAAAAAACUUUACUGCAAUCUCCAAGAUCUGGAGGAAGUGCCCAUAAAUCAAAUCUGGGAAAGAGCCCACACGGUUAUCUGAAUCAAACUCCAGGAAUUAACCAUGACUUCAAGAUUAAUAAUAAUGUAUGGGAUGAUACCGAUAUUGCCCACGAUCUUCCUGAGAAUAAUAUGCAUCAUGGAGAAGAGCCGGAUGGUGGAUUCUCUGAACCAAGGGAUGAUUCAGAUGAUGAUGAUGAUCCAUGGAAGCCUUUGAAUCCCCAUGAACCUGGGGACUUGAAAGUAAAACCAUUUAAAAAAGGAAAAUUUGGUGGAAAGCAACGGAAAAGUUCUACUAAGCAGAAUUCUCUAGCUGCACAAUUUCCUCUUGCAAGAUUGGAAGGUACCAUAAAUCCUGAGUUUGCUGAAACAUUGGAGGCACAACUCCAUGCUCGUGAAAGAGUACAAGCAUCUCAAUCCCCUUCACUUUAUGAAAAGCUAAGACAAUCACUUGUUUUGGGGGAAAGUGAAACAUAUGGUGGUUUUGAUGACCCCAUGGAUGGAAAUGAGGAUCAUGAAUUUGAGAAUGACCUCCCUGAUUUUGAGCAAGCAGAGAAUAUCUACAUGGAUGCAGAAGUGCCUUUGCCCCAUGAAAAGCACAAUGACGAUAGUGUGAGUUUUGAUUGCAAUGGAGCCUUUGUACAGGAGGAUCCGAAUUCACAAGCAAGCCUGGAAGAUCUUUGUCGCUCACAUCUUGAUGCCCUCCUUGCAAGCAUAGCUGAAACUGAGAAGCAAACAGAAUUGGCAGCCCGAGUUUCAACAUGGAAGCAGAGAAUCGAAAACACCUUGGAAGAACAAGAUUCACGCCCGCCUUUUGAUAUUCAUGCUUAUGGUGAGAGAAUACUUGACAAGCUAUGCUUGGAAGCAGACGAUGGAGGGUGCAUGUCCUUUGUGGAUGUUGUUGGUGGCCAAGCAAAGCAUGAUGUCGCAAGGACUUUCUCUGCAAUGCUUCAACUGGUCAACAAUGGAAACAUUGCCCUGGAUAGAAGAGAAUCAGGCAGAGAGUCCGUAUGUUAUACAGCAGCAAAUCCAUUCCGUGUCCAGCUCCUUGACCAUGAAAAAAGACGAGGUGAAAUGCCAUUCCGUUCAUCAAAGAAGCGUGUAAAAUCUCCUUCGAGGAAAGGGUGCUUUAAAGGUCAGGAGAACAAACCACCUGUAGAAAAGCUCCCGGUGGUCAGUUCCACAUCACCUGGAAAAUCCUCACCACCAAAUGGCAAGCUCUCUGUCAAGAUUGGGAAGAGUAGUGUUGUCAGGUGUACCCCUGAAGGCAAGAGAAGGCGAAGACCUCGGCUGAUCAUGGAACCGGUUGACUUGCAAUCGGCAGGUUGAGUUGGAGAGGAACUAUAUGAUCCUUACACCAGGGAUGUGCACAAGAUGCUUGAACCUUGGGUUUCGACCAGUGCGGCCAUACUAUUGGUCUGAUGGGUCUAUUCAUGGGGAGAUGCAACUGACCAAUAUUCCCAAUUAGGCCCCAUAAGUCAGACAAAAAAAGAGUAUUCUUGUGCUAAAUCUAUGGUCAAGGAUGCUAUUGUUCAUGUGUUGUAACUGAUUUUUGGGCUGUUGACAAGGCUCUGAGCCCUCAAACACCCUCUCGUUUGAGCGGCUUGAACCUAUGACUGACAUAUGGCCCCCAAUCGUCUUGCCAUCACUAACGAGUAGAUUGGUAGCUUUAUAUGUACCUAGUUUUAACUUAUGACAGGAUUAGGUAAUUUAGAAAUUAACAUUCUUGUAGUACUUGUAAUAUCUAUCAAUGCAAUGCCCAGCUAAUGUUUUA